CAUACAGUCGGCCCAAACGAAAUUUCAGCGGGUCUUCCUCUAGGGACAGCACACCCAGCCACUACAGGAGGCCUUCACACAGAUAUGAGAACAGUAGGAGCAGAUCUCCUGACUGCUGGAGAAGGAUGAGUGGGAGACAUUCUUCCAGCCGUAGCAGACGUUCCUCCAGCCGUAGCAGACGUUCCUCCAGCCGUAGCAGACGUUCCAGCCGCAGCAGACGUUCCAGCCGCAGCAGAUCUCCAACAAGUGUUUCCUCUUACUCAAGAAGUUAUUCCAGCUCACACCAUUCAUCCACUAAACGAUGGAGGAGUAGAAGCAGGUCUCCAGACUGGAGCAGGAGAAAACGAGAAAGUUCCUUUUCACCCUUUGAUAGACUUGGACAAGAUUUCAGCUCAUCAGUGAAAAGUAGGCUUGAUUCACUGCUAUCUACCAAUCAUCACAAAUAUGAUUCAAGUCCACCACAAAGACUUGACACUUCAUCUCAUGCCUACUCAGCC